GUUUUCCUUAGUCUUGGAAAAUUCUUGGGGCCCUGGGGGAUUUUGGGAUUUUUUUUUCUGAAAGGGGGGUGUCUGGGUAUCUCCCUCCCGCGCCCGCUGCCUUGCUCCACCUGCCCUUGCGCCUUUUUUUUCUUUCCCCAUCUCUCCACCAAACCCGGGCUGAUGUGCUGUACGAGAGGCUGGAAAUGGAAGUGUUGAUGCUCUGGCUUUUUCCCUGGAUAUUUCAGUGCGUUUCGGUGCGGGCGGACUCCAUCAUCCACAUUGGUGCCAUUUUCGAAGGCAAUGCUGCCAAGGACGACGAGGUGUUCAAGCAGGCGGUGUCGGAUCUGAACCUCAAUGACGACAUUCUCCAGAGCGAGAAAAUCACUUACUCCAUCAAGCUCAUAGAGGCCAACAACCCUUUCCAUGCGGUGCAGGAAGCCUGCGACCUGAUGACCCUGGGGAUCCUAGCCCUGGUGACGUCGACGGGCUGCGCGUCGGCCAACGCGCUGCAGUCGCUGACGGACGCCAUGCACAUCCCGCACCUGUUCGUGCAGCGCAGCACGGGCGGCUCGCCGCGCACGGCCUGCCAGCUCAACCCCAGCCUGGAGGACGAGGAGUACACGCUGGCUGCGCGCCCGCCCGUGCGCCUCAACGACGUCAUGCUCAAGCUGGUCACCGAGCUGCGCUGGCAGAAGUUCAUCGUCUUCUACGACAGCGAUUAUGAUAUACGUGGACUGCAGGGAUUUCUCGAUCAGGCCUCCAGACUGGGACUUGAUGUAUCAUUACAAAAAGUGGACAGGAACAUCAGCAGAGUGUUUUCCAACCUUUUUACCACCAUGAAAACAGAAGAGCUGAACCGCUAUCGGGACACGCUGCGAAGGGCGAUCUUACUCCUGAGCCCACGGGGAGCCCAGACUUUCAUUAAUGAGGCUGUGGAAACCAACCUUGCAUCAAAGGAUAGUCACUGGGUCUAUGUAAAUGAGGAAAUUACUGACAAUGAGAUACUAGAGUUGGUGCAUAGUGCUCUGGGGAGGAUGACAGUUAUCCGGCAAAUUUUCCCUCUGUCAAGGGACAACAACCAGAGGUGCAUGAGGAACAACCACCGGAUAUCAUCCCUGCUGUGUGAUCCACAGGAAGGCUAUCUUCAGAUGCUGCAGGUUUCCAACCUGUACCUGUAUGACAGUGUGCUCAUGCUGGCCAAUGCUUUCCACAGAAAACUGGAGGACAGGAAAUGGCACAGCAUGGCAAGUCUGAACUGCAUGAGGAAAUCCACCAAACCUUGGAAUGGAGGAAGGUCCAUGCUAGAGACUAUUAAGAAGGGUCAUAUAACUGGGCUAACUGGUGUUAUGGAGUUCAGAGAAGAUGGAGCCAACCCCUAUGUCCAAUUUGAAAUAUUGGGCACCAGCUACAGCGAAACGUUUGGCAAAGACGUGCGGAGGCUGGCGACGUGGGACUCUGAGAAAGGACUGAACGGCAGCCUCCAGGAGCGGCGGCUGGGCAACGACCUGCAAGGAGUGACACUCAAAGUGGUGACUGUCUUGGAAGAGCCUUUUGUGAUGGUGGCAGAGAACAUCCUUGGGCAGCCAAAACGAUAUAAAGGAUUUUCCAUUGAUGUCCUGGAUGCACUGGCCAAGAAUCUGGGCUUCAAAUAUGAGAUAUAUCAAGCUCCUGAUGGCAAGUAUGGACACCAGCUUCAAAACAGCUCCUGGAAUGGCAUGAUUGGAGAACUCAUUAACAAGAGAGCAGACCUGGCCAUCUCAGCCAUCACUAUAACGCCCGAGCGGGAGAGCGUGGUGGACUUCAGCAAGCGCUACAUGGACUAUUCCGUGGGGAUCUUAAUCAAAAAGCCCGAGGAGAAAAUCAACAUCUUCUCUCUCUUCGCCCCCUUCGACUUCGCGGUGUGGGCGUGCAUCGCCGCAGCCAUCCCGAUCGUGGGGGUGCUGAUCUUUGUGCUCAACCGCAUCCAGGCCGUGCGGGCACAGAGCGCGGCCCAGCCCAGCCCCUCGGUGUCCUCCACGCUGCACAGUGCCAUCUGGGUGGUGUACGGCGCCUUCGUCCAGCAAGGGGGUGAAUCCACUGUCAAUUCUGUGGCGAUGCGCAUUGUAAUGGGAAGCUGGUGGCUCUUCACCCUUAUUGUGUGCUCUUCCUACACAGCAAAUUUAGCAGCGUUUCUCACAGUAUCAAGGAUGGAUAAUCCCAUAAGAACAUUUCAGGAUCUGUCCAAACAAAUGGAUAUAUCUUAUGGUACAGUCAGGGAUUCAGCAGUAUAUGAAUACUUUAAAGCAAAAGGGACCAACCCUUUGGAGCAGGAUAACACAUUUGCUGAACUAUGGAGGACUAUCAGUAAGAAUAAUGGGGCAGAUAAUUGCGUAUCAAACCCUUCUGAAGGCAUCAGGAAGGCAAAGAAAGGAAAUUAUGCUUUCCUGUGGGAUGUGACAGUGGUGGAAUAUGCUGCACUGACAGAUGAUGAAUGCUCUGUGACAGUCAUUGGAAACAGCAUCAGCAGCAAAGGAUAUGGGAUAGCACUUCAGCAUGGAAGUCCCUACAGAGAUCUUUUCUCCCAGAGGAUCCUAGAGUUGCAAGAAAGUGGAGAUUUGGAUGUUCUUAAACAGAAGUGGUGGCCACGGAUGGGACGUUGUGACCUGAAUAGCCAUACCAAUGCACAGACAGAUGGGAAGGCACUCAAGCUGCACAGUUUUGCAGGCGUUUUCUGCAUUUUAGCAAUAGGCCUUCUUCUUGCUUGCUUGGUGGCAGCAUUGGAGUUGUGGUGGAACAGCAACCGUUGUCAUCAAGAAACACCGAAAGAGAGCAGAUACAGCAUGGGCAGCAGCAGUGCAAACUUCCCCUCAUUGCCCCACCAAUGUGCCUCAGCCCUGACCUGGAGAGACCACCUUUAGGGGUAAGAGAGUGGUUCAGAAACAUGCCCUCGGCCACUCUGCUGUGAGUGACGGGAGGCCAGUCACAGGCACCUGGCUGUGCCAUCUGUGGUGAUGUUUUCUCUGAUCUGAGCCCCCAUCCACUGGCUGGGACAUCCAUGUCCACCCUGUACAGGCUCUGCAGCUGCCAGAUGUCUGGUAGCUGCUCUCCUUCAUGGCUGACCUAGGCUGGGUUUGAAGAGGUACACAAACAAUUAAAAAUAAAUCAGCUAGUUAAUAAUUGAAUAAGCCAUAUUGCCAUGACACUGUUUAAAUGUGUCCUUUCUUUUGAAGUCAAUUUUAUUUCUAAAAGUAGGAGCCUCUGAGGAAGCUGACCUUCAUAUAACAUGUUUUAUCUAGGAAAUUAUAUCUGAGAAGUUCUUGGGUUUGAAGUUUCCAUGCACAGCAGCCAGUAGUAGUUAGAUUAUUCUAAGGUAGAAUAAUCAGUCUAUUCUCAGAUCUGUCUUAUAUGAAGCCCGUAUUUGUUUACAUAGAUUUAAUGUUUAACAAACUAACCUCUUGCAAUUUUGGAGACACUGAGGCAUUUGUAGGUGCUUUCAUCUUGGAACAGGUGUUUGUUACAAGCAAAUAAUAGCAGUGAGCUGCACUACUACACUACAGCUCGAAAACAGUACAUAGCCCACCAAUUCUAAUCUCUCUUUCUCAAGCUGCAGAAGCAGUAGACUAAUUGAUAUACCUGUCACCUGUAAGCAAUUUUGGCAAACUGGAAACCUGGUCUAGUGGAUGGCAUCUCUCCCUUUGGCAGAGGGUUGCAAAUGGGGAUCUUAAAGGUCCCUUCCAACCCAAACAGUUCCAUAUCCUAUGAUUUUUCCCUGCUGCCUUGGAGAUGUUGCUCCUGCUGUAACUGCAAA